AUGGCGGCUGUAGAAACACAUGUUCGCCCUAAAGUUGGUGUUGGAGUCUUUGUAACCCAUCCAUAUCACCCAAAUAAAAUUUUAAUGGGAAUCAGAACAGGUUCAACUGGUGAAGGACUUUAUGCCUUGCCAGGAGGUCAUUUAGAAUUCGGAGAAGAAUGGGAAGAUUGCGGUGCUAGAGAAGCACUAGAAGAAGCUGAUCUGAAGUUGAAGAAUGUAUUCUAUGCUACUGUAGUGAACGCUAUUAAUUUAGAUGAAAAAGUAGAAAAGUAUCAUUAUGUAACUAUAUUUGUACAAGGUGAAGUUGAUACCAGUUAUAAAUCAGAACCAGAAAAUCUAGAACCCGACCGUUGUUUAGGCUGGCACUGGGUAGAUUGGAACCAACUUCCACCAACUGACAAACUCUUCUGUGCUUUGAAGAUUUUAGUUGAAUCUAAUUGUUAUAACCCGUUUGAUCACAAAAAAUGAAAUGGUUUAAUUGUAUUGUAAGAAAUUAUGUUCUGAAAUAUUUUGUUUAUAUCCGACGGUGAAUCACAUGAGAAACAUUCAGUGCUUUUCAUUUUCAAAUUUUACCUUCGGCUCGCUUAGUCUUCAGAUUCAAACUUUGGCCUUAGAAAAUGACACCAGUUGAAAUACGAUGUAUGAUUAUAAUAAUCUUUUGUAUACAUAUCAUCUUUUGUAAAUAGCCACAUUAUAAUUAAUUAGUGUCAGAAAUAGAUUAUGUUAUAUAGAUUUCAUAUAAGCAUAGGCGCACCUGACAGCGAACUUAAUGAAUGAAAAAUGUUAUGGGUAUUUUAUUUGAAGCUGUACAUUUUGAAAAUAAAACUCCAUAAAGACGAUUAAAUUUUUACUUCCUAGCAAAUACUGGUGUGUACGUGACGUUUUUAAAAAUAUUAUUAUUAUUAUUAUUAUUAUUAUUAUUGCUAUUUACAGUGCUAACGCCUAACGAACAAAUUCCUGUGCAUUUGCAACGAAUAAGUCAAUGCUUGUACAAAGAAUCAAGUUGAAAAGCAGACAUGUUAGCUUAAUGUAAUCGACACUUGACCACCAAAAGGUUUUUCUGAUUG